AUGGGCAAGCUCAUUCCCAAUGCGUUCAACCUGUUGGUGGUCAUUUACGUGGCCCUGGGUUCAACAGCAUGUUCGUAUGGCAUGGCCAUCAUCGGCUCGACUAUCGGCCAACCUAGCUUCUACACUUCCUUGGGCCUCGCGCCGCCUGAUGAAGAAGGAUACGCUCGCACUGCGGGUUUCAUUGGUGGAUUCAAUGGCGUGAAUUGCGCCGGUUCGGCUAUCGGUUGCUUGCUCUGCACGUACUGCGCCGACAAGUACAGUCGCAAGCGAACAAUCCAAGGUGCUGCUGUCGUCCUCUGCAUGGGUGCGGCGUUGUGCGCUGGUUCCGUAAACAAUGCGAUGUUCUUGGUCGGAAGAAUCAUCAAUGGAUUGGGUAUCGGUGCUCUCGUCGCUGCCAUCCCAAUGUACCAGGCUGAAGUGUCGACUCCCGAGUCUCGCGGCUUCAUGGUCUCGAUGCACGGAGUCAUGUUCGCCAUGGGCUAUACCCUAUCUGCAUGGCUCGGCUUCGGCAUGUACUUUAUCACAGCGGGUGGCUCAACUUCUUCGUUCCCGUGGCGCUUCCCAAUGCUCCCAUUCUCACCUCGCUGGCUCCUCAUGCAAGACCGCCACGAAGAAGCCCACGACGUUUUGAUGAAACUCCACCGCGACAAGACCGAUCCCCACGACGUCGUAGCGCGCAAGGAGUUUUACCAGAUGAAGAAGCAGGUGGAGAUGGACCGUCUCAUCAAGCAGAGCACGUCCAAGUUCGAGCUCUUCAAGACGCCAGCCAACCGUCGACGUGCCCUGGUUGGCUUCGUCCUCAUGUGGAAUAACCAGUUUACCGGAGUUCUGAUCAUCGCCAACUACGGCGUCAUUUUGUACGGAGCGCUGGGUAUGGACGGAUAUAUGCCGUUGCUCCUGACCUCGCUCUGGGUCACCUCGACUUUCCCGGGGAACAUCUUCUGUGCCUUCUUCGUUGAGAAGUUUGGCCGGCGCACCUUCUUGCUCAUUGGUUUGACCGGGAUACUCGUCGCUUUGAUCUGCGAGACAGCGUUGCAAGCACAGUUUCUGGGGACCAACAACAAGGCUGGACAGAACGCUGCCAUCUUCUUCAUCUUCUUGUAA